ACCUGGACAAUGCUCUCUUCCCAUUGUUAAGAAAACCCAGGCGGCCAGAGACAUUCCCUCCCCUCCUCCCUCCUCGACCAUGGGCAUACAAUGGAAGCAACCCUUUUCCGCUCCGCCGCAUUCCAGUCAGAGCACGCCUGACGUUGCCGCGCACAAGCACCCCAACACGCCGCAGUCACAACCGCCGGAGCAGGCCGCGUCCCUCUCGUCGCUGCUGCGCUCCUCGUCACGCAAAGACCCCUGCAACCGCCUGUAUCGCAAGGCUGCACUGCUGCCCGACUCGAGCAGUCACAGCGCCAGCAGUGCUCUCAGCGGCACCGUCGCGCUUCAAAACAACAUCAACAACAACGACAUGACCUACCCGCCCUCUGCUCCCUAUCGUCGCGACGCCGAGGCCAGAGCCAGCCGCAGCGCCAGCAACGUGGCCAACGGCACUAGUGGAGGCCCCGUCAAGACAAUGUCUCCCCACUCGGACCGCCCCGGCGCGAGCGGCCGCUAUACCGACUACAACGACAUCUCGGACGACGACGACUCUCACGUCCGCUCUCCCGUCACCACCGCCUCGCACCCGUCCAACAACGCCCAGGACGGCGUCAGUCUCCAGCGCCAGGCCCAGCAGCGCAUGAUCAGCGGUGCCACCAACCCCCAGCAGCAGCCCGAGCACUGGGUCCCCGCGCCAGCCUCCCAUUCUCUGCCCAACGGCGGCGGCCCACACCCGCCCACAUCUGGCGGUGUACGAGGUCCUUCCCAGCAGGCUCCGGGACCCGGUCCCGGCCCAAACCGCGGCCGGCCCCCUUCGUACUCCGGAGGCCGCCCUGACGAGCUCGCAGUCUCUGGCCCUAACAGUGGCGGUGGUCUCCUUCCCCCAUCCAACAACCACAACUCCGCUAGACCACAGCAGCGGACCGGUCCUGCUCCCAGUGCCGGCGGCCAGAGGCGGCAACACAACAGCAGAAGCCCCCCCGAGCGCCGCAGCGGCACCUCGCAACCACACUCGUCCAACCAGAACGGAGGCCCGCCGCCCACCAUGCUCAACACCAACAACAGCCACAUCCAGCGGCUGCCUACGCCCAGCGUUGCCGCCAGCGUCCUUCACCCCCUCGAGCAAAAGGUCACCGAGUACUCCAACCUCAUGCGCGAGGCUGAGGACCAGGUCGACCGCCUCGACGACGAGAUCCGCGCCCUCCAGGAACGCCGCGCGGCCGCCGAGUCGCGCUACAUGGAGGCAAAGGCACGCCACGACGAGUAUCGCUCGCAGCACGCCGAUGUUGAGCGCGCUCUGCGUGGAGACCUGCCUCCCCUCGAGCCGAUGCUGUCCCCGCUGCCACAGGGCCAGGCGGCUCCUGGCGGUGGCGCCCGGGUUGGUAGCAUGACCACCCAGCAGCUGCAGCAGCAGCACAGGAUGCAGCAGCGUGGUUCCUUGGGCAGUCUGCACGAACAGUACCACUACGAGCACGAGCGCUCGCCGCAGGACAACAUCAACAUGAUGAAUCGCCGGAAGCAGUCUGCUCAGUACGAGCGGCCAUUGAGCUCAAGCUCGGCGGGCGGCUCGUUGCGCGACGGCAAUGGCAAGAAGGGUAAAGGGAAGUUCCGCUUCAGCCUGUUCGGCUAGGUGCCGAGCGGGCAGAAGCCGGACCAUGACCCUUCCAAGUAUUCCUCCACGAACGAAGGGCCUCGUCCGGAGUUUCGGAAUGCAGCUGCCAAGCUGGCACGCAAAGGCCGGCCGGGGUCCGUCAUUUAGCACAAUGUUCUUUCUUGUACACACCUUUUGUUUGGGAGGCGGCGAUGGUCCUCGCAUUGGUCUUUUCAGCGAAUGAGAAAAAAAGAAACUGGGGGAGGUGGGAGACAAGACGGAAUUUGGCUAUGACACGACAUGACCCACGACUACAAAGACACGACUUCACUCUCGGCGUUUUGAUUUUAUUGCCCGGUUCUUCUCAUCAUCUCUCUGGAUUUCCAGGACAUAUCAGCCCUGCCUGUCUCUUUCUCCUCUGUCUGUGUUACUAGAUGAUAUCUUUUGCACCUUGUUCUUGCAGCUUGCCCCAGUUAGGAACGGCUCAGGCGGGGGUGCAGCUUAAUGAGUAGAAAUGACAAUACGCGAUACACACCA